AUGCACAAGUUGCUUUUGUUUACUGCGGUUGUAGGAGUAUCAGCAUUUGCAUCCCCUCAAGCAGCACCAUCAGCGACAAGGGUGAACCCCAAGGCAUGUGCACGUAUAUCUUCUUCAAGAACAUCAACCUUUCCAGCGUCUUUUGCAUAUGAGUGUCUUCGCUCAGUGCCAAACCGGAUUCAACCAGCACAGCAGCUCAUUCAAAGUCUCAAGGCCUUCGUGGAAUGGCAGUCUACGCUUGCUUGGCUGAAGAACCCUCCAAAGUCUUAUGGAUUUCCUGCAGUCGAUAUACAAGGAAGUCUGGAUAAGAUACUUGAGACAGCUAAACAAGGGCGUUAUGAAAGUGAGUAUGACUUUCAGGUCGCAAUUACACAAACGAUAUCUGCAGCACACGAUGGUCACUUCUUCUAUACGCCUGAUGUCUUUAAGGCCUUCACGUUUGAAAACAGACUCGCCCAAGAUAUUGUCUCGGUGUCAAUCGACGGCGUUUCCUUGCCAAAACUAUAUCGGUUUUUACAGGAUUUUCUUACCCAAUGCCGAAGUACCAAAAAGCAGCGACUGGUCAUCGAUCUUACUUCUAAUGGCGGUGGUUUGAUAGCAGCUGGCUUUGCGCUCUUCGCACAGCUUUUCCCGGGCGUCAAUAGAUUCACCGCUAACAACAUGCGUCUCGCAGAUAGUCUGGUUGAUAUAUCCCAAAUAUUCUCAUCCCUUUCCCCACAGGAUAAAGCAGAGGCAUCACAAACAUUCGGGGCAUUUUUCAAUAACAUCUCGCCCACAGGAGUAGCGGAGCCUCAAGGGGACAAAUUUAUGUCUGUUGCGGAUAUUAUGACGCCGGUUACUCUACAAAACGACAAAUUUACGGAAUACAUCGGAGAGCCUUAUAGUGUGCUUGCUGCGAGCGGAAACGGAAAUGGAGGCCAAGCGACCUCCCCCUCGAGCCCCUUUAAACCGGAAAACAUUGUAUUGCUUACCGACGGGGCAUGUAGCUCGACAUGCACAACAUUCUCAUAUCUUAUGCUCUUCCAAGAGCGCGUGAAGACGGUAUCGGUAGGAGGACGUCCACAAAAUACACAAAUGCAAUCUCUAGGCGGUGUCGAGGGAGGUCAAAGUCUCGGGAUGAGCGAUAUCGCCCAAGCCGCCUUUGUAGCGCUCAGUCUAGUUGCCGGCCAGGGCCAAGCACAACCGAAAACCCCCCAGAACAGCGAUCUCGGGGUUCUCAACAAGGCCUAUGCCGUGCAGCGAGCUGCCGACCUAAACACGCCCGGUGGUGUAAAUUUCAAGAACAACUUCGCGCCCUCCGACUCCAAGACACCGCUCCAAUUCCUUUACGAGCCGGCAAACUGCCGCUUCUUCUACACGUUAGACAUGAUAUCUAAUCCCGAGCCCGUAUGGGAGUACGCCGUCGAUGCGUCGUGGACGGACCCCGAGAAGUACUGCGUGCGGGGGAGUAGGGUGGCGGUAGAUGGGCCCCGACCUAUCGACCCGGCCUUUGCGAAGGAUAGUGCGACGACAGGUGGCAAUGGUGGCAGUGCGGGAAAUGGGAAGGGCGGAACGGAUGGGACGGAUGGGGCGAAGGAUGAAGACGAAAAUGCUGCUGAAGGGGUACUUGCACGGAGUAGCAUUCGAAUAAUGUGUCUCCUCGCUGUUGUAUCGGUCUUGAUGCUAUGUCUAUAA